GAACUUUGAACAAAAUUGAGAUUUGUUGAACUUCGGUCAACGUUCAAAGUGUCAAGCAAUUAUGUUGGCGUCCAUCCUCAGCUAAUUUACUCCGGUGCAAUUCCUUCACUGCUAAACUACUAAUCGAAUGAGGUUUUAAUUAAUAAUUAUUCUUCAGCACAAAAAUGAAGCGUUAUGUUUACAUCAACGAUAAUAAAUCCAUGCAUGAACUUUUCUGUGACAACCGCAUAUCGAAUCGGAAAUACACUUUGUUGAACUUUCUUCCUAAGAAUUUAUGGGAACAGUUCAGCCGAUUUAUGAACCAGUAUUUUCUUUUGAUUGCUUGUCUUCAGUUGUGGUCACUUAUCACCCCUGUCAAUCCUGCCAGCACCUGGGGUCCGCUUAUAUUUAUAUUUGCAGUGUCAGCAAUAAAAGAAGCAUGGGAUGAUUACAAUCGUUAUCUUUCUGACAAGAAUGCAAAUGAGAAAGAAGUGUGGGUUGUAAGGGACGGCAUUCGAAAGCAUAUUCAAGCUCAAGAUAUUCAUGUAGGUAGUCUUGUGUGGCUUCGUGAAAAUGAUGAAGUUCCAUGUGAUCUCGUUCUGCUUGGCUCUUCUGAUCCUCAUGGGGUAUGUUACGUGGAGACUGCUGCAUUGGAUGGUGAAACGGAUCUAAAAACAAGAGUUAUUCCUUCAGCAUGCAUGGGCAUAGACUUUGACCUACUACACAAAAUAAAGGGGGUGAUCGAAUGCCCUAAUCCAGAUAAGGAUAUCAUGAGAUUUGAUGCUAAUCUCAGAUUAUUUCCUCCUUUCAUUGACAAUGAUUUAUGUCCUUUAACGAUUAAGAACACACUUCUUCAAUCAUGCUACCUGAGGAAUACUGAAUGGGCUUGUGGAGUGGCAGUCUACACUGGCAAUGAGACAAAGCUCGGAAUGAGUCGUGGAGUCCCAGAACCCAAGUUAACUGCUGUUGAUGCCAUGAUUGAUAAGUUGACAGGAGCAAUAUUUGUUUUCCAGAUUGUGGUUGUGACUGUUUUAGGUGUAGCUGGAAAUGUCUGGAAAGAUACUGAAGCAAGAAAGCAAUGGUAUGUUCAAUAUCCUGAUGAGGGCCCAUGGUAUGAACUGUUGGUGAUUCCUUUACGGUUUGAGCUGCUAUGCUCCAUAAUGAUACCCAUUUCUAUAAAGGUAUCUCUUGACCUUGUUAAGAGUUUAUAUGCAAAGUUUAUUGACUGGGAUCUUGAAAUUUUUGACCAAGAAACAGGUGUUCCCUCUCAUGCUGCAAAUACCGCAAUAAGUGAAGACUUGGGUCAAGUUGAAUACAUCUUGACUGAUAAAACUGGUACAUUAACAGAGAACAAAAUGGUCUUCAAGAAGUGUUGCAUUGGUGGGAUUUUCUAUGGGAAUGAGAGUGGGGACGCUAUUAAAGAUGCUGCACUUCUUGAUGCUGUUGUCUGUAAUUCAUCUGAUAUUAUCAGAUUUCUAACUGUCAUGGCCAUAUGUAAUACAGUUAUACCAACAAAAAGCAAGAGUGGAGAUAUUGUUUACAAGGCACAAUCUCAGGAUGAAGAGGCCCUAGUUCAAGCUGCUGCUCACUUGCAUAUGGUUCUAAUAAAUAAGUCUUCCAAUAUUCUCGAGAUCAAUUGCAAUGGUUCGUUGAGACGAUAUGAACUUUUAGAUGUACUGGAAUUCACAUCUGAUAGGAAGAGAAUGUCAGUAAUAGUAAAAGAUUACCAGAAUGGGAAAAUUAUCCUAUUGUCAAAAGGGGCUGAUGAAGCAAUUUUUCCUUGUGCUAAUUCUGGUCAACAUCUAAGGACAUUUGCCGAAGCCGUUGAGCUCUAUGCUCAGUUAGGAUUGCGGACAUUAUGCUUGGCCUGUCGCGAGCUUAAGGAGGAUGAAUAUCAUGAAUGGUCUGUGAUGUUUAAGGAGGCCAACAGCACUUUGGUUGAUAGGGAGUGGCGGAUAGCUGAAGUAUGCCAAAUAAUAGAGCGUGACCUUGAAAUCCUUGGCGUAACUGCAAUAGAGGACCAUUUGCAGUACGGGGUGCCUGAAACGAUUGAAACUCUCAGAAAAGCUGGAAUUAACUUUUGGAUGCUAACUGGAGACAAGCAAAGCACUGCUAUUCAGAUUGCCCUUUCUUGCAAUUUUAUAUGCCCUGAACCAAAAGGUCAGCUGCUGUUGAUUGAUGGAAAAACUGUAGAUGAAGUUUCCAGAAGCCUUGAAAGGGUCCUACUUACAAUGAGAGUAACAACUGCAGAGCCAAAGGAUGUGGCCUUUGUAAUUGAUGGUUGGGCCCUGGAAAUUGCACUUAAACAUUACAAAAAAGCAUUCUCUGAGUUAGCAAUACUGUCAAGAACAGCCAUAUGUUGCCGUGUGACUCCAUCACAGAAAGCUCAGUUGGUACAACUGCUAAAGUCAUGUGACUACAGAACAUUGGCUAUUGGUGAUGGUGGUAAUGAUGUGAGGAUGAUACAACAAGCUGAUAUUGGUGUUGGAAUCAGCGGCAGGGAAGGUUUACAAGCAGCACGGGCAGCCGAUUACAGUAUUGGAAAAUUUCGAUUUUUAAAGAGAUUGAUUCUUGUGCAUGGACGCUAUUCAUACAACCGAACAGCAUUUCUAUCACAAUACUCCUUUUACAAGUCCCUCAUUAUUUGCUUUAUACAAAUCUUAACAUUCAGUUUCUCUUUCGUUUCAGGAAUAUCAGGAACUAGCCUUUUCAAUUCUGUUAGUUUGAUGGCAUAUAAUGUCUUCUACACAAGUGUCCCUGUUCUAGUUAGUGUUCUCGACAAAGAUCUAAGUGAGAGGACAGUGAUGCAGCAUCCUCAGAUCUUAUUUUACUGUCAAGCUGGAAGGCUUCUGAAUCCAAGUACGUUUGCUGGUUGGUUUGGACGGUCUCUUUUCCAUGCCAUUGUCGUAUUUAUUAUCAGCAUAAAUGCAUAUGCUGGUGAGAAAAGUGAAAUGGAGCAGGUAGCUAUGGUGGCGUUUUCAGGAUGCAUAUGGUUGCAAGCUUUUGUUGUAGCACUAGAAACAAAUUCUUUUACAGUAUUACAGCAUCUGGCAAUAUGGGGCAAUCUUCUUGCCUUCUAUAUCAUCAAUCUUAUCGUCAGCGCUAUCCCAUCAUCAGGAAUGUACACAAUCAUGUUUCGAUUGUGUAAGCAACCGUCUUAUUGGAUUACUAUGUUUCUUAUUGUGGUGGCAGGCAUGGGUCCAAUAGUUGCUUUAAAGUACUUCCGUUUCACAUACAGGCCGAGUAAAAUCAACCUACUGCAGCAGACUGAGCGUUUGGGUGGCCCCAUUUUAUCACUAGGUAAUAUAGAACCUCAGCCGAAGUCGGUCGAGAAAGAAGUUUCACCCUUGUCUAUAAGUCACCUGAAAAGCAGGAAUCCAGUUUUUGAGCCUCUGUUGUCAGACUCACCGACUUCCCUUAGACGCUCAUUUGGCCCCGGAACACCUUUGGACUUUUUCCAGUCACAGGGUAGGUUAUCGUCAAACUACUCGAGAAAUUGCAAGGACAAUUGAUUCCUCAAUCUUGAUGAGUGUAUAGCACUAUACGAAGGCCUUGUUUCAUUUGAAAUGUUGUCUUAUAGUUGUAGGCUUAUUGCACAAGAUACUAUUAGAAUGUACAGUUUCUGGUAGGUUUUUUUCUUGCACAAAUUGUUGUAUGAGCGGUUUCAAUGAGAUACGCGUCUUAUACAUAAGUUAAAUAACUCAUCUAAUACAUAUUAUGAGAAUAUGAGCAUUUUGUUC